AUGAAGGAUAAUCUGAAUUGUGUAAAUGACUAUAACGUUUCAUCGCUCAAGACUAUUGCUUUAGGUGGUGAACCAAUAUCGACAGCCACAUGGAUGUGGUACUACACAGCUGUUGGAAGAAGAAACUGCUUGUUAAUUGACACUUAUGGGCAAACAGAGCUUGGUGGAUUUGCACUGAGUCCUUGGCCGGGAAGUAAACUAAAGCCAGGUGUCUGUGCAAAACCAUUCUUGGGGGUAGAACCAAUCAUUGUUAAUGAGAAGGGUGAAAUUCUGCAAGAAAGUGGAGUUCAAGGUUUACUGUGCUUCAGACAUCCCUUUCCAGCAAUGGGGAGAGAAAUUAUUGGUGGAAGUUUUAAAAACAAAUAUUUUAGUUCUUUUCCUGGAAAAUACUUCACUGGAGACUGGGCUUACCGCGAUAUGGAUGGAGACUAUCAGAUUGUAGGAAGAAAAGACGACAUUGUCAGAAUAAAGGGUGUCUGGAUCCAAAUUCCCGAGAUUGAGAGUUCUAUAGUAGGAAAAAGCAAUAAUAUUGAAAAUGCGUCAUACAUUGGUCUGUCUUCUGAACCCUCUGCAACUACUGAUGCAUGUGUUGUUGUUGAGGUGAGGAAAUCAGUACCAGAAUCACAGCAGAAAUCCAAAAAAUUCUACCGUGACAUUCUUGAGUCUGUAAAAAGUUCCAUAAUCAACAAUGCUGGAGAGCACGCACUUCCACGUUUUGUUUUGGUUGUAAGAGAAAGUGUAUACACCUGGUCAAAUAAGAUGUGCCGAAGUAUUUAUCGCGACAUGGCUGAAGGUUUUUUCAAACCUUUGUUAAAACAUGUUGAUCCAAGUGAAAACAUAGUUUUGCUGGACUAUACUACAAGCCCUUUGCCACCUGUUGCUAACAAAUGGGAACACCUACAAUAGUUCUUUUUCUGACAUAUUUAAAAAAUUAUAUCACUGCACUGUUGUGUUUCUUUACACAAAGAAAAAGGUUACAUGUCGUAACAGUACCUGGUUUAUCGGGUAGCUGGGGUGGUUUACUGGACAACAGUUGCCUCUUAGCCAGAAUGUAGCCUUAUACAAAAAUACAGACCUUCAAAACAUUGCCAAUUGCACCACACCAAUUCGUGAUUUGAUGCCGAGGAGCAUGGUCUAUCUAAAUCAAGGCAAAAAUCGCCACUGAGGCAAAAAUCGCCGAUCAGACUGUGGCGUAUCAUGACCAAUCAAGGAUUCCCAAAGCUCAUCCAUAAUUAAUUUAAACCUAAGUCAAUCUUGCUUUUUCGGAGCUGAAUAGCAUCAGUCCUAGAGACAGAAAAGAGUUUAUGUGCAAGUCAUAAUAUUUUAAUUUUUACAAUGGCACGCGUAAUUAUUAUGUUUUUUCUUGGACUAAUUAUAUACAUUUUUCCUACUCCAUAUGUAUGAACUGUCUCAAACCCACUCCACUGGGCAUAGUCUUCGAUUUCCCUUUGGACGCCAUAUAUAGGCAUCUCCUUAAAUAAGCAAAAAUUCAUUUAUAAAGUAGUAGCGCCUAGUAUAACAUAUUAUUAUAAUAUGCUCUACAACACAGUGAGUACUAAUUACAAGGAAGAAAGUGGUAAUGAGAAAAAUUAUAAAGACUGUGUUGAGUGACUGCAGGCAAAGAGCCAGCAUCCGAGAAAACAAAACCAACACACAUUAUAUAAUGAUUAUUGCUAAAGGGCAUGUUGACAGGUAGUGGAGAGCAUUUGUAACACAGACAUAAAUAGUGAUUGGAGCAUUCGUCAUUGGGAUUGAAAUGGGAGAUGAAAUGGUCCAAGAAGUAAUUGUGAAGUUUGGAAGAGAGAGGAAGACUAAUAUCCAGGAGGGAGCGAGUUCCAUAGUCGAGGUAUGCGAUUGAAGUAAAAUAUUUUUUCGUUGUAGCUAUCAUAUAGUUCCUGGAAACUGUGUGUUUAAGCUUAAAAUUUUGACUUGAGCUCUGUCUGAGCUUUAGUUAUACCUCCUCUGAUCAUAGUACGCAUCAUUGAAGCCAUCUAAGCGGGCACACUGUACUAUACAUGGUAGUUUGGCUCUCCUAUUAUCCAUGAAUAUUUGAUUUUCACCUAGCUAUGUGACCUACUCGCACAGCACAUAGACCAAUGAUUAAUACACCAUUUUACUUCCAACUCUUUAAUAUUUUUGUUGUAUUGUCAUGCUAAAGCUGAGACAGCUAUAGCUAUUGAGUGAAAUUACCAAUAUGACUGUUGCUACUCCUGGUUUUCAGUUGCAAUACACAUACCAUGUUCUGAUGGAGAUGCUUCGGAGGUGCCAUCUCCUGCAGCAAUAUCUGAUAGCACAGAGAGUGAAAAUGAUAGUGAGCCACUGCCCAGUAAUACUGAAGGCGAACAACAACGAAGUGUUGUAGGUAAGUGCUAAGGUCACAGGCCAGUCACUCAGGCCACAAUUGUUUCAUACAGGAAUAUGAAUGUAUGCAUGUCAUGCUGUUAUCAUAUGGUAUAGCCAUGUACAUGCACUAGUGAUUUGACAGACAGCUCGUUUGCCAACUUUUGCCGCAUAUGGAUAGGAAGAGCGUGCUCCUCAGUGAGGGCUACUCUUUACAUUGCUCCUGUCUGCACGGUUUAAUUAAUGUACAUGCAUACUGGGAAUGUGCUGUUCCUGUGCCGCCGUGGUGUCCUACAACUUUCCUUUUUGCUAGAAGUAGGGGCUACUCUUUACAUUGCUCCCGUCUGCACUCUUAGUCUUCUCCUAGAGCUAUUUGAGCCAUUUAGCCAUAAUUAUUUAUUCAAGCUAAUCUUUGAGUUUGCAUGUGGUAUUGCUCUAUUGUAAUUGAUGUACGGUCAUGCACAGGUAAAUUAAAGCACUGAAGUGCAAACCCUCGGUGUACUACACGCGUGAGUAAGUAUACGCAUGCGUGGUAUAUACCGCUAAUUGCUACUCACGGUCUCAUGCCAGGUCGCUCUGAGAGUCUUUCACAGGGCUAUAAAUAGCAUGCAAGAGCCGAUACUCGCCCUGCGUUGCAACUUCUGGUGUCUCCAAGGUAAGCCUGUGCUAUUUAGCAUAUUGGCUUUAUCACUGUUUUCUCACUAUAAUUAUUUCUCGAACGCAGUACUUUUCCGAAUUUGAAAUAAAACCAGUGUAUCCCUGAAUCGUUUGGUAUCACUAUUAUGUUGUCUUGUUGCACGUGGUGGCAGAAAGCAUGGUAACAGAGAGACGGACGGACAAACCAAGUACCGUAACCCUCGCUGCGCACGCCAAGGGUUCAUCAUGUAAAAUAGAACUCGAUAUAAUUCCAGUAGGUAUAUAAAACAAACCUUGUGUCCCAGAGUAACCAGACGCAUUAGAAAUUGGUUAGGCCACAAGACUAGGAGUAUUAUUCUGUAUACACAACUUUUCUCAUUUCAUUGCAGUUAAUGAGAGGACACCCUUGCUUAGGCUUAGUCAGCGUGAUGUAAAAAGAAAAGUUUAUCUCGCGGAAGGAAGAAACUGGAAGGCGUUAGGUGGCUCCUUAAUUAGUAACGUGAAGAUCCUUGUCUACCUUUACACUGCAUUUAUAGUUUUUUUGGUUGCUGGUUACGAAAAUAAUACAACUGUUGUGUUUCCCGGGGCACUUGUUGAGCUGAAAAGUUACUCAUACUUUGUGUACGACAAGGCUUCAGUUACAGGUGAUGUUCCAGCCGGAGCAAAUGCAUAGAUAUAUCUUGGAUCCAACUGUGGAUCCAAGGUUAAAGAAAGUGUGACACUGUCACCGUACUCUCUCCUGAAUCUCACUUAUCCCAAAAGACUGGAUGAUCAACUUUACCGUGUCUACCUAUUGAAAGGGUCUCAUCUAACUUUUGAUGCCAUACUACAUCCUAAUCUUGAUAUUGAUAUUACACCCAACAUAACUAUUAAGCUUUGUAGGUUUACAGACGAGGAAUCUGUGAUUGCGCUCACUUCAGCAAGGAAUGAAAAUGAAAUCCAGAAAGGGGAAGAGAAAGCCAAAGUGUGUUACGAAAUUGGAAAUUCAUCAACAGUGUACGACAAAGUGAAACAAGAUAGAUAUCAAUACUAUGCCUUAUCAGUCUUUAGCCCAUUGAACGAGAGUGUUACUAUAUCUUACAGUUACGUUCUGUACACCAAGUACUACAAUGAAAGCAGUUUUGAGCGACAGCACUCAUGGAUGCAGUAUCACAGGUCUCACCCUUGUCAGGAGCAGCAAUCCACACAAAGAUAGAUUCUGCCUCUUAGCGUACGUACCAUCGCUCCCGACUGCCAAUAAAACAGAAUGUUUUACUCUCACUACAACCUAUCGAACAUGUAUGGCUUUAUUUCAAUUGUAAGUUUUUUUAUAGUGGUUGUC